AUGUUCUUCCGCUAUCACGAUACGUGGUCACGUAAGCAGUGUGGAGUCCGGGGUUCGUGUCUCUCCGAGUUCACGUUCCCCUCUCCCUCUCGCCCUUUGGUAUUCACGACAGUUCAGCGCUUACAGAUGGCGCCCAAGAAGCCUGCGGCUACGGCCGAAGUUGCCCUCGUUCCUCUCAAGAACUGCCUCGUCAAUCUACCAUCGUCACUGGUCGCUCUGCUGGUCAACGCAAACACGACUGCCCAAAAUGUGAUCAUUGAGCUACAAUAUAAGUCGAACUCCGCGAAGGCCAAUGGAGCUCCCCGGCAGCAGUCAUGCUUCCUCGGGUGGACUGGUAUGCCAAGCAAGCGUCGGCUUGCGCCGGUCGUUGGAAGAGACGGUAUCAACGGUGGAUAUUCCAGAGAGCAGGAAGUGUCUACUAUUGAGCUGGAUACUACCUUCGGGCGACUUCUGGGUAUCACCGAGGGGCAAAAGGUCGGACUGUUCAUUCACCUCGAUCCACCUAUUGCGCAUACUAUCAACAUUGAGCCAUUGACACCAGAAGACUGGGAUAUUAUUGAACUCCAUGCGACAUUCCUUGAGCUCAAUCUCCUCUCACAGAUCCGCGCCCUACCGAAUCCUACAUACAAUGCUCCCCAAUCAGAGCAGCACAUGCACCCGCUUGCAUUGCAUCUAUCUCCCACGUCUACUGCAAAUAUUGUCGUCACAUCACUUACACCCGCUCCCUCAAACACGUCUCCCUUCGCCAAGAUAGCACCAGAUGCGGAAGUUAUUGUGGCGCCGAAGGUUCGAUCGAAGACAAGCAAAGGAUCUUGGACUGACAGUCGGAGUGCAGCUGGUAGCAGUAGAAGAAGCGCUGGAGGCAGGAGUGGCUCAAGCACCGUACGCCCAAAGAGUGGCCGUUCCGACUCGAGCACCCGCGGCUCUCUAUAUUUGAGAGGCGUUGAUAGGUCAGCUACCAGCCAGUGUUUCGAUGCGGAAAUCGAGGAGGAUGCGAAUGAAGGACUACGUGUUUGGGUUGACCCGGACCUGCUUGCAAGUCAUGAGCUGCGCGGGGCAACUUGGGCAUGUGUAUCGGUGGUUCAGCCAUCUGGUCUCAAGCCCCCACCUGAUCCCCAGCAACAACUUGCCCAAGCCGAGCAGCAGAAAUCGAAUGAUGCUGGGACCCCUUCAAUUAAGAUCGUGGCCAAGCUGCUUCCAUGGGAAGAAGCCCCCGACAAUCGGCAUGCGGCGAUGUCCACUUUAUUGUGCACGGCCCUUGGCACGGAGAACAUGGUCGGUGGAAUCGUUCGAAUUGAGGCAGCGCCCCCACAGCUGCAUAGGUCGGCUGUCAAGACACUCAAGGUUUAUCCAUUCAUCGCCGAUCCCUCCAAGAAACGAGAUGGUCUGAAGUUUGGUGCUGACACCGCGGCUUCUCGGGAUGCCCUGGCCGAGCGGCUGAAGGUUAUUUACGGAAGCACAGGGUCGGACGUUGGGCUAUUCUCUGGUCCUUUGACCGACGGGAUGAUUUUACCGAAAUCUGAGUAUCAUCCGUCGGUUUCUUCAUUUGAUGGCGCGAUUAUUCGCUUUGAUCCUCCCUUGAAAGGGAGCUCAGAUGACACAAAGACCAUGUUAGGAUGGCUGUUGGGCUCGGAAGCCAAGUUGAACCUCGAGGUUCAGGCUGAAAUUCCCAAGCCAUUAGACACGAGUUCAUCUGCACUGCCUAUGGAAGAUCCUCUUCCAGAGACCGCUCCUGAUCUUGUGGGAAUUGAUUCUAUCAUUUCUCAGUCUCUGAACAACCUGACAAAAUCAUCUUCCAUCCUGCUCACUGGUGGUCUUGGUGCUGGAAAAACAACACUUGCUCAGCUCCUGGCCCAUCGCUUAAGAAAGGACCAUCUUUCCAACGUCAAGUAUUUCUCUUGCCGUAAACUCGUUACCGAUGAGACCAGAAUUUCCAAUAUCAAGGAGACUCUGAACCGCCUGUUCAUGUCCGCAUCAUGGUGCGCACGCCUCGGUGGUCAGUCGGUUGUGAUUCUUGAUGAUUUAGACAAGCUUUGCCCGGUUGAGACUGAGUUGCAAGUGGGUGGAGACAAUGGCCGCAGUCGCCAAAACAGCGAGGUUAUCUGUUCUAUGGUCCGAGACUAUUGCUCCUUGAACUCUUCCGUCGUGCUACUGGCCACUGCUCAGGCCAAGGAGUCUCUCAAUAAUGUUAUCAUCGGUGGCCAUGUUGUUCGUGAGAUUAUUAACAUGCGUGCUCCCGAUAAAGAAGGGCGCCGCAAGGUUUUGGAGAAACUCACUAGCCAAGACAAGCCUACGGAGAACAUGAAUGGACAUGUCCGGACCACAAGCUCCUCGACACAGGACUCGUGGCUGGACCCUUCAAAUCCUGGAAGUCGCCCUAGCUCUUCCGGGGGCGAUGGUUUCGUCAUUGGAAGGGAUGUUGAGUAUCUCGAGUUGGCUGGCAAGACCGACGGGUAUAUGCCCGGUGAUCUUGUACUACUUGUUUCUCGUGCGCGUAAUGAGGCUCUCAUCCGCUCUGUCUCAGAUCUAACAGCAACAUCGAAGAUGAUCACUCUUGGAUUAGAGGACUUUGAGAGUGCUCUGAAGGACUUUACACCAGCGUCUCUCCGCAACGUUACUCUUACUUCCUCUACAACAACGUUUGCUUCAGUUGGUGGUCUCUUCGAAACCCGAAAGACCUUAUUGGAAACCCUUCAAUAUCCCACAAAGUACGCACCUAUCUUCUCCCAAUGUCCGCUGCGGUUACGGUCUGGCUUGCUUCUUUAUGGAUUCCCUGGAUGUGGUAAGACAAUGCUAGCUAGUGCAGUGGCUGGUGAGUGUGGGUUGAACUUCAUCAGUGUCAAGGGUCCGGAGAUUUUGAAUAAAUAUAUCGGAGCCAGUGAGAAGAGUGUUCGAGAUUUGUUCGAAAGGGCACAGGCGGCUCGUCCAUGUGUUCUCUUCUUCGAUGAGUUCGACAGUAUUGCACCUAAGCGUGGUCAUGAUUCCACCGGUGUGACUGAUCGUGUCGUCAACCAAUUGUUGACACAGAUGGAUGGUGCAGAAGGCCUUUCAGGUGUAUAUGUGUUAGCCGCAACGUCGCGGCCGGAUUUGAUCGAUCCUGCUCUUCUGCGUCCUGGUCGUCUAGACAAGUCACUGCUUUGUGGUAUGCCAACCCAUGAGGACCGUGUUGAUAUUAUUCGCUCAGUGAGCGAGAAACUUAAAAUGAGCGAUGAGGUUGCUUCUCGUCUGGAUGAAAUUGCUGCCGCAACUGAAGGAUUCUCUGGAGCUGAUCUGCAGGCUGUUGUGUACAACGCCCAUCUAGAGGCAGUUCACGACGCUCUAGGUGACCACUCUGGCGAUGGAGACAAGCCUGGUGCCAAGUCCAAUGCCGCUAAGAGCUCCAACAGUGCCUCUAGCAAAUCAUUCAUCCAGUUCCUCUACUCCUCUUCCGAGGAGGCAUCUGGAUCGGUCUCCAUGCCACCUCCAGCAGUGAUUUCAGCCAAGCUUGAGGCAAUUAAGAACUCGCGUCGUCGUCAGCGCCAGCUCGAGCAAGGCCCCGCUGCUGCAAAUAACGCCGCCGCGCCGGUGACUAAUGGCACCGAAGCACCUGCAGACGAGCUGCGCGAAGAUAUCAUUGUCCGCUGGGAGCACGUCGAGCGUUCUUUGGCUACCACGCGCGGUUCCCUCAGUCCAGCAGAGCGUAGACGACUCCAGGGGAUCUACCGGGAGUUUGUUGUUGGCCGAAAUGGCGAGAUGCCUAACGGUGAACCCGGCAAUGAGAUUGGUGGCCGGACAAGUCUGAUGUGA